AUGGCCUAUGCUGCCGUGUCGCAGGCUGAGCACGAUGGCAUCUACAGUCAAUCGCCGGACCUGACCCUGCACACCGACCAAACACUCCCCGAGACGUCUAGUCCUCCUCUUUCACUCUCCUUCGAUCAUGUGUCUCGAGAUGGCUACCACUCGGAUGUUCCUCAAGCAGAUGCGGAUGGCAGCGGUGGCGCGCAUCUCGGGAAACUGCUCAAGUCUUUGAGCUCGUCGCAGUCGUAUGAGAUGGUUGAAGACGACGACUACGACGAGCCCAUGCGGACACCACAGGGCUUAGGUUUGAACACGAAGGCGCCCGCGCCUGUAGAAGACGACGCCCUCGCAUACCAGUCCGAACAAGCCCCAAUUCGGACCGCGUCUAUCAGCCGAGACCUCCCCCUCAAUCACCCAACUCCAGAUCUACACACUCUGCAAGGGGCGUUUGUCAAGAAUGUGGAAAAAUUGGAAGAGAGCGCUGAGCGAUUGAGCAUGACUUCGAGUCUCGAAGAGGAGUUGACCAAGAUGAAAUUAGACCAGAGACGUCUGGAAAGACAGUCGUCCGCGCCUAUUACCUUCGACAACCCUGGACAUUCCACUGUCCAAAGGCAGUUCUCGAGCAGUUCAUGGUCGAAUUCCAUUCUCAGAGUCAAUCAAACAGCCAGGUCAGGGGGAUAUUCACCGUCGGCAUAUAUCACCUCUCCGACAGGCUCGAUACACUCGGGACGACGGCAACAGCAGCACAAUCUUGACCGCCACUCGUCCAAGGGUAGCCGUCAUGAUCAACCAUUGAAUGAGCCUCCCCUAGAAGGUCGUCCACUGGACUUUGGAGUCUCCUCUCGUCCUUCCGAUGCUGCCAUCGUUCCCGAUCAAGAGUUUGUCCAAUCACCGGGUGCUUCGAUUGACUCGUCUGCAGAGGAUAGACCACCGACCUCGAGCUCGAAUGAUACCUACCGACAGGCUCAAGCAGCUUUCCACGAUUUUGAUGGCGUCUACUUCAAUUCAGGUGCAUUGUCUCACCGCAGCGAUUCUAUAUCGCGCCACAUUUCCUUACGGCAACCUCCACUGGCGCGAGAUUCCAAGGCAUUCAGAGAAGCACAACCGGGCGAGCGCAUGAUCUACUAUCCGGCGCCUGUUCCCGUCAUGCUGAACCUACCACAGAGACUAUCUAGAAUGGACCUCAGCGAACGUGAAAGGCGGCGGCUUCAAGGUAUAUCUGCUAUACCAGAGGAUUUGCGCAAAUCAGCACCGUGGCUGGCUGAUCAAGACAACACGAAACUGCCCGGUGGUAGAAGCUCACUAAAUCUUCCACCACAACUACGUGCCAAUGCUUUCUUCGAGCAGCCAAGUAUUACACAAGAUCUCAAGUUGAAGAAUGGUUCGGCUGUUCGUACUCUCGACGAUAUACUGGAUGCAGCUGCCUAUGCUCCAGUCAGUGCAUUCACAGACCAUCCCAUUGCUGGUCAUCUGGGCAAGGAGGUGUAUGGCCAAAUUGGAUCUCCCCGAAAGAGCAUGCAAUCCACAGAACAACGGAAGAAGAAACGUCGAAGUUCCCUGAGCACCUUGUUGAAAUCCAAAAGAUCCAGCACAGGUCUGGACGGUGCCGCUCUAGGUCGCUCAAAGUCCAAAGGCUCUAGGACACCGCUGGACGGCGACGAGAACCCCAGUGACGAUGAAAUUGAUCGAGCGGCAGCGCAGUCUCUAGCGCCUGAUGAAGAUGAGAUAUCUGACGGUGAAGACGAUGCUGAAGAUGCUGCUCCACAAGGCUUUUUUGCUGCUCCGACCACUCUGCUGGCUGAACUACAGAUGCGCAAAGCCCAUCAAAAACAACGCAAUAGAACCGCGGCAGAUGCCUUUCCUAACGGGAUGCACUCCACUCUGCUGGAGCUCGAUGCUGUCACCCAGCUUCAACAGAAGGCCCGGAAAACCAAGCAUGUUACUUUGGCUUGGGAAGACCAUGAUGAGGCUGAUAAGCAGAAUUUUGACGACGACGAAGUUCCUCUCGGCCUUUUGUUUCCAGAAAAGGAUCGUUUGGAGACGUUCAACGCACAUCGACCUGUCGGACUCCUCGAACGGCGAGAGAUGGAAGACAACGAGCCUUUAAGUCAUCGACGCGCCAGACUGAGAGGCGAGCCGCUCCAAUCAAUGAAGUCUGAGACGAAAGCCCCUUACAUCGAACAAAUCCCCGGUCUCUCUGAAGACAUUCCCCCUGAGCAUGAAGAUGAGACACUGGCUCAGCGCAUUGCUAGAUUGAAGGAGGAAAAAGAGCACGCGAAUGAAGGAAAUUUUGCAGCAGAAUUGAGUCAAGAGCUCGGCUUGAACGUGGGAAAGAGUGAAGCUCUACCUUCUACUACUCCCGACCCAGAGGAGACAUUAGGUCAGAGACGAAAGAGACUCAAGGAGGAGGCAUUACGCAAUGGCAGACAAGUGAGCGGUGAAAGUGCGGCCAGUGCUACUAGGCCACAGCUGCGGUCCAUGCACAGCCUCGCCGACAUACUGCAAGCUCAUCCAGUUGGUGUCCAGGAUCGAAAAGUGUCAAACGAGUCCCACGGCUUUGCAACCCGCAAUUCUCACGUGCAAGGACCGUUGCUGAAUUUUAAUGGACCCGCUCCGCCUUCCCACAUGAGAAUGCAGCCUGGUCAUGCUGGUACCUGGGGGUUUGGUCAGCAGCAUGGCGCGUAUAUGAACACAGGUUACGGCAAUUUCUACCAAAACAACGGCGUGGCCACGAACGGGGGUGGAUUUGGAGGAAUUGCGCCCAGUCUGUAUGGUGCUCCUAUCCCAAUGCAUAUGCAACAACCUAUGGCUGGCUACCCCUAUGGUUAUGGAGCUCUGCCCUACAUUCAAGAUCCGAUGAGUGGACCACCACUUGACCCCAAGCAACGAGCACAGAUAGAUCGUUGGCGUCAGAGCGUUGCUCCGUGA